CUUGAAACUGCGCAGGGGGAGCCUGCUUCUAUUAUUAGACUGAGUAAGAGGCGCCCUCGCCUUUCAUAAGGUCCUUAACUCAGUGGCCACAGCCUCGUGGGAGGAUUCCGAAUUCCUCAUUCUCUGUUUAAGUGGUGCGAAAAUGCCGACUCCCCAGGCCAAGCGGGAAGGGCAACUGCUGGCCGAGGCCUCUCCUCCCUCGCCCAGCGGUUCGCAAUCCAGCACUCAAUCUUUAUUCAAUAGUUCCAACUUUUCUCUUGACGUACCGGGGCCCUCAUCGAGGACGCACCCGCAUGGCUCGCAUGCUCGCAGCCGAUCAGCUGGAGAUUCUGGGAACAAAAUAACAGCAUUCCCCUUCGGUCAAUCAAUGUCCUCGGAUUUCGCGCCUAUCACGCCUUCGGGAUCAAGUCAAGCCAGGCCUGCACCCUUCUUCUGGGACUCAUCUAGAGGGGCCCGGGCGACUGCUGUCGAGAGAGCUGCAAAUUCCCCGCGACCAACAAAUGGCCAGAAUGGCCGUCACGCAGACGUGUUCCUCUUCGGCCAGGACGGCAAAGAUGCACCCACAUCAACCUUUUCAUUCGGCGAUCUUCACAACUUCAGUCCACUCCAAUCACCUCGAGCGUCGCCCACUAUUCGUCACCCUAAGGCUUCCUUACAAGUACGCAGCCACAAUCCUAGCCCUGGAUCCAGCCCGGCAGUGACAGCGAGCGUGUCUGGUGGCUUCCUCUCCCCUCCAAGGCUCUCUCUCAACAAUCAAUCCUCGCCAUCUAUAUCUGAGAUAAACAACAGAACAAGAUCUCUAUCCCUUGCCGAACCGCGCACUGAGACUGCUGAUGCUCUCUCCACAAGUCUGCUCCCUCCUUCACACAGCAUCGUGAACAGUGGUGACCACCCUGAAGCCUAUGAUCCUAGGGUUGAGCCAGGUCCUACGCAUGAGUACUUCACGAUUGACUUCCAACAGAGGCUCCGCGAAGGUGCCAGCAUUGCCAAGGAAACUGUGGCUGCCAUUGAAAAAGUGGAGUCCGCUAUGAAACUAGACGACGAAGCUGGAGAACUACUGAAGCAAGCGAGGGAGCUGUCUGCGAUGCGCAGUGAUGUGACAAGAACUAUUGCGAUCUUAGGAGACUCUGGAGAAGGUCAGUCGAGGUCUUUGAGUGGGCCGCUUCGCCUUUUGGUGUUUUUAUCGGCUGACUGGCUUAGGAAAAAGCAGCCUCAUCAACUCAUUACUUCAUUUUCCAGGCCUUGCACAAACGGUAAAUCAGAUUAUCAAAAUUUUGUGACGCUUUACAAAGAUCUAACAAAGCCUCAUCGACAGGGCGACAUUGGUUCAGCUUGCACGUCAGUUGUGACCGAGUAUCGGCACAAGCUGGAGCGACACACAGCUGCAAUCACGAUAGAGGUCGAGUAUCUCUCCAGUGAUGGAAUAGAAAGCCUCUUGCGUGAGCUUCUGUGGAGCUAUCGACAGCUUUAUCUGCCCUUGGUCGAGGAAGCCGAAACCUCAGGCAAAGACUAUGCCAAGUUUCAAGCGGAGUCAGACCAUGCUUGGUCAACCCUGAGCACCGCAUUUGGACAUCAGCAGAGCUUUAGCAAGGAUCUACUCAGAGACAUGUCAGACGGCGCUUCAGAGCGUGCUCUCGAUCAGCUCAUACGUUGGAGUCGAGAAAUCGAAUGGCCUGUUGGUGGAGAACAAGGCCGCUGGACAGCAACGGCGACCACAGCGUGGGAUUGCUGCGAAAAGACCAGGAUCUUCAUGCAAGACAGGCUAUGGCCUUUCACCAAAGUUAUCCGCAUGUACCUGGGCUCCCAGAUCCUGAAGACCGGUGUUGUGCUUGCGGAUUUGCCAGGUUUACAGGACACCAAUCUGGCUAGAGUCCGAUCCACGCAGGAAUAUCUCAUGCAAUGCGACAAUAUCUUCAUUGUGGCCAAGAUCUCUAGGGCCGUCACCAACAGCUCGGUCAAGUCGUCCAUGUACUGGGCGCUUUCUCGGCAUGCACCUAUGGAAUGGGAGCAAGAGGCGGGGCGAAAUUUCAAUAUUUCCGUUGUGUGUACCAGAUCCGAGGAUAUUAACAUUGAGGCGGCCAAAAGAGAGUUCUGUGGACCAGGAAAGCAGAUCGCUACUGAGGUCAUUGCGCGCCUCGAAGAGGAGAUUGAGGAUGCCAAGAGAAGUUCCGACCGACAGCGCAAAAAGGAGCUGAAAAAAAGGCUAGAGUUUCUUCUGAUCCGCGCACGCAAUGCCCAUGUACGUGAGGGCUUGCAGCGGGCGUACUCGUCUGAAAUACCAGGAGGCAGACUCAAUGUGUUCUGCGUGUCCAACAAAUUAUACGAAAAGUAUUCCAGAAAGGGACCGCCCGAAUUUAUCCAAGAGACCGGCAUAGUGGAGCUCCGACGAUUCUGUCAUAGUGUCACAGCCGAGGCGCAGCUUAAAGAAGGACAGCACUUCCUUCGUUCUCGCCUGCCAAGUUUGCUCAACUCUUUGGGACUAUGGGCAGGGAGUAGACUGUCAGCCCAUGUCGUACCGCCGUCGACUUCCACUGCGUCACUGACAGAGUCCUUGGAGCGUUUGAAGGAAAGGGCUCCUCAGUCAAUAUCUGGGUUUAAGAAAGAUUUUCUCGAGUCCUUUGAUGAGCUCAUCAUGAGCUUCUUCACUUCCAGGGACCACCAGUGGGACGUAUCCGCGCGAACCGAAGCAAAAAAGUGGGAAACAGAUUGGCACUGGAGUAAUACACCGCAACCUCAGGUCCGCAUCAUAGGUGCGAAUGACGCUAACACUAUUGACUUAGCUCAAUACAACGCCUGGUGUUUACGAAACGGCAACCAUUGCACCUUGAAACGGGAAGCGACGGACUGGAACGCCCAAAUCAUUUGGAAGAUGCGUAUGGAGUUGAAUUUUCAGUGGGAUCUGGUCAUGGAGGAAGUCGCCGCCGUUUUUAAGGCCUUCCAAGAGGAUUACACAAUGGGAUUGAUGCGCAUGAAGGCGAAGGUUCUGGAGAUCACGGAGUCGGUCGAUACAGAAGCAAUGGCCUCUUUAGUCACAGGUAUCGACUCUAUGAUUUCAUCCUGGAACUAUAAGGUGGAGUUGAUGAAACAAAGCUUUGCACGCGAUGUUGAAGCGCUCAGGCGACGAGCAUCGGAGUCACACUCGAACUCAUACAUACUCAAUGAGAUGGUCGCAUCCUAUCGCUCCGCGAGCAGCCACAGUGGCGGCGGCAAAGCAGCGCGACAAAAAGCAAUUGUCGGGGGCAAGAUAUCUGGAGGCACAAUAUUCCCCAAUAUUUCUAUCCGCCUAUCUACAGAAUUACACACGCUCGUGGGCAAAAAAGGGCAAGAAUUGAAUCAGCUUAUGUCUGAUUCCUUGCGGAGAUUGGACAACGAUGUGGCCAUGGCUGUGAGGCUUUUCAGCUCGGAGAACUCAGUGAACAGAAACAAUGACCCUGAUGCAGAGCGUCUGAAGGCUUUCAAGCGCCAGAUUGACUCUCUGAAAGCAGGACAGAGUACUAUCGUUGUAGUUUAGUUGCUUAUCAAAUAUCUUAUGCUACGCCACUUUUGUGAUCCUGUUCUGAGGAGGCUUCGUCAUCUGAUCAUCUGAGGUGACAGCGGCGUCCACGAAGACUGCC